AUGGCUGGAGCAUGUCAGCAACAGUCAAGUAUUUUGCUACUCGUAGCGACAGAUGGCCUUGUCAUUCUAGGCCGUGUCAUGGCUGGAGUGAUCUUCCUUACGACUCCUGUUAAGCCCGAGCAGCUUCUCGGUUUUUCGACUAUCGGCGCCUCCGUCACUUGGAUUGUGUCAAUUGUUCUCAAUACGAAAUCAUUUCUGGCGCCAUUUUACCUCAACUACAUCUUUCUAGCUGCGAUUUUCCCGACUAUAUUUGGUAUGGCACUUCGCUGUCAGGGCGGUCGUAUUCACCUAUGUUCCGCCUCCCAGAUCUCAUUAAUGGUCGGUGGUGCGAUCUUCCCUGCUGUCCAAGAUGGGAUCGAGAAUGCUACUUCGAUCCAAAAGUCACUUAUCUUGCCAGCUGCUCUUUUUUAUUCCGCGCUCAUCCUGCCGCUCUUCACCCUCUGGGAUCCUGUGCGAAGUGUACUUCGGCGUGGAUCUUCCAUGCGACCAUCACGCAUGGGAAUACUGGUGCAGUCCAGUGAUGAAGAAGUAAUUCGUCAUCCUGAUAUACGAGUUGAGCAUGCGGUCAUCAUCGAAAAUCAACUGGCAUGA